AUUUAUGUUUUCCGUUCUGUCAAAUGUCAAAUUAGGAUUUUGAUCUGAAUAUUGCGAAUUGGUUUGUUAUUAUUUCCUUUUGCAGAUUGUGCCCUAAAUAUUCAGUGUUCUUGAAUUUAUUCUUAGUAUUUGUUCGUAAUACGACAAAACUUUAGUUAAGUGCCUUUCUUAACGCCUCUUUCUGUAUCAACAAGCCAUUGGUAACCUUAAAAAAUUUAAGUGAACAAUGCCGACUUCGACAAUGUAUUUGUAAUCAUGGAUUCUUCUAAAGAUUCUUCGUCCAUGAGGAAUUCUGUAAAGCUAGAUGACGAAGAAGAAAAUAGUAAAGAUUAUAAAGACACUCCUAAUCCAACAGGGCCGAGAGACUCUGCUGAAAACCUAUUUACAUCGACCUCCAAUCCAAGUUCAAGCUUUGUUCCGUUGAACGGACCUCAGGCGAAUCAUGUAAAUUCAUCAUCCAACAAUGAAUCAACCUCUCAAGCUAGUAAGUGUAGCGAAAAUAUUCCUGGAACUAGUAAAGCCAUAAGUACUUCUACUCAACCACAGUUUUGUAAUAAUAAAAUAACAAAUUCUACAACUGAUCUACCGGACCCUGCGGUUCCUGGCAACAGCAGGUCCAUACCAGCACUGUAUGACAAUGGUACAGAGAGCAGCCAGGACAAACAAACUUGCCAGAGACAUAAGGUGUGCUUAGACAAGGCAGGCAGCAGUAGUCUGCCAUCAACAAGUGGCACUAAUAAACCUAGUGAGAAUGCAGAGUGCAGUCCUUUUAGAGAGAACAGGAAGAGACCCUCAAGUCUGAAGCUUAACAGGCCUAAUCUAGAUGAAGACAGCUCUAGUGAUACUGGCAAUGAUGAUUAUUCUUUGGGAUCAGAAGAUGGGUGCAUCUACACAUACAGGGGUGGAGAACAUUUGGCUGACUUGCCAAGUUCAUUCUUUAGCCUGGACAUGGGUUUGCCUUUAGAUAAACAUCUAGCUAUGCCUAAUUUCCCCGGGCCCCCGCAGGCUGCAGCUGCAGGUCGAGAACAUGGUUCAAGAGCUUCUAGCCCUGAUAUGGACUUUUUGGAAAUGGACUUUGAUCCUGGACCUUCAUGUGAAGUAGAUACUGGUGAUGAAUCAUCCCCUGAUGCUGAUUUGGAAUCUGCAAGCAACAUGCCAGAAGAGAAUGAGCCUGUCUUGGUGAGAGGAACAUCUCCUGAGUAUGUUCCUCCAGUCAGGUACGCUCCUGUGAGUGUGCCCCCUCCAAUAGCAUCGGGAUCUCAUGGGGAUGCAGACCUAUAUUCAUAUAGUGUGCCAUCAACAAGUCGAGGAGUAGGGGGUCAAGGGGAUGCUCCUGAGAGCAGUAGCAGUCAUAAUUAUGUGGAUCAGAAUUACAGCUAUGGACCAUACAUCACCCAUGUUAACUCGAGGGGAGAGCAGCUUAUAGUCAGGAGAACAAUGGCACAUGGACCUAUUAACUUUGCAGGCAGUCUUCAUUUCACAAGCGGAGACUUGGUAUCACCCUCGGAAUUACUAUGUUAUGAUGAUGAACAUGUGGAAGCAUUUGCUCACCAAAUCAACCAGUCAACUCUUGACACUGCUACUUUAUCAUCAGCCCUGUAUCAUGUUACAAUGGCUAAGAAGUUGAUCGCUGAGAAGGCUCGGUGUGAUGCUGAGAACCAGGCCACUGCUAAGGCUAGUGAAGCAGCAGCGAGCACGAGUACGAGUGCAGCGUGCGUGGAGCCGCCGCGGUGCAUGAUCUGGUCGGAGUGCGAGGCCUGCGAGAGACAGGUCACGCAGAUCAGCACCUCGGCCUGCGGUGCUACUGCUGUUGUCAAUGUUUUUAAUGCGUUGGGUGUUCCCGUGAAUUUAGAGAAGAUAAGUUCAUCAGUUGGCACUAGACAGCGAGCUAACACUGCUCCGUUACCGAGAUACUUGCUAUCCCGCGCGGUGGCGGGUUGUACUGCAGCAGACUUGGUCUCCGGCAUACACAGAGCUUCAGAUGGUCUGGUCACUGCCAGGUUCUUCCCAACAUACCCUGAGAGAGCCAUCUCAUUGUCUCACUGGCUGGCUGAUUGGAUUACUGUUGGCGCAGUACCAAUAUUAACACUGAACUUACAAGCUGGCUACGAGAAUGACAUCCCAGAUGCAUGGCACCAUCAGAUGGUCUUCGGAGUGUCCCCACGAGGAGUAUACCUAUGUAAUCCAGUAGAAUGCAUCCGUGAAGCCACCCUCUGGCAACAUCUGACGUCACCCUCAGUGUUAUUAGUGAAAACUAGGGAUGUCCUGUCAAGAUUCACUGCGGAUACUGAUCUCUCACCAUUGAUGGUCGUUCCUGAUCGACGGUUCCAUACUUUUAAUGUGCUUGGUCAAGUAAUAAACGUGAUUCGCGAAUGGCGUGCUAUAGGCUGGGGAGAUUACGGUACCAGGACGCGUCACAUCCGCAUCCCGGCGUCGUACCAGGCCGGAGUGACGGUGGCCGCGCUCACCGGCUCGGAGGCCCAUCGCCGCCUCACCGUGGCCCCGCAACUACCUGUACUCACGCAAACAGACCCCUGAGCACGAUGUAUGUACUAUGUUUUAUAUAAUUUUUAAUAAAAUGUUCAGUCAGCCAAGCUAUGUCAUACAGGUAAGGAAAUGUAGAUCGAUUCUAUAUUCGUUAUUAAAUUGUAUGGUUAAACGAAGCUAUAUAUUUUGUACUAGGUGUUCCCGGUACUUAGUUCCUAUUGAUCGUAUAUUUACAAAAAAAAAAAUUAUAUUAAAAUCGAACCAGUAGUUGAAAAUAAACUCUUUAGCAUUAUAAUAAUAAUAAUAAACGUUUAUUAGCACUUCAUAGAAUUAACACAGUGAAGCCCUGGCUCUUGUAAUAGGUAUCCCUGUAUCACAAGAGCCAGCAUUAUUAGUAUAGAUUCCAGCUGCAAACAAACGGUUACUGUAAUAAAUUUUUUUUUAUGGCAUAAGCCGGUAAACGAGCAGACGGAUCACCUGAUGGCAAGCAAUCGGUCG